GCGUCUCCAACUAUUUUGUUACAAACACGAAUCCGGAGUAAGAAGUCUUUUUCCUGGGUCUGACAGUUCUCACGAGUAUGAGUUCAUAAUGAAGAGGCGAUUGGAGGAUCAGGACACAGUUUUUGCGUCCCAGCAGAGGCGCCUUGCUGGUAACGCCGAGGCCUUCCAGCAUCGCACCCUCGCCCCGGCUCCACCUGCUCCUGCUGUUUAUGAGGCAGUGUCUGAAAACAUGCAGCCCACAGCCGGAGUGCAGUACUCCGUCCCUCAAGGAUACCAGGUGCCCACUGUGGCUCAGAACAGCGGUGGACAUGGACACGCCCCCAGCCCCGCGGUGCACAGCGGGUCUCACCACCAUAGCCCUGCGGUCCAAUCCCACGGCCCAGCUCUCAUCUCUGGGCACACCCAUCCUACCGCUCCCCCCCAGGCCUCCGUGCAGGGCCAGCAGCAGUUUCAGAGGCUCAAGGUGGAAGAUGCUUUGUCCUACUUGGACCAAGUGAAGCUGCAGUUUGGAAACCAGCCUCAGGUCUACAAUGACUUUCUGGACAUAAUGAAAGAGUUCAAGUCUCAGAGUAUUGACACCCCAGGGGUGAUCAGCAGAGUGUCCCAGCUGUUUAAGGGUCACCCCGACCUCAUCAUGGGCUUCAAUACCUUUCUGCCGCCCGGAUACAAAAUCGAAGUUCAGACCAACGACCUGGUUAAUGUGACCACACCAGGGCAGAUCCACCACAUCACACCACAUGGCAUCUCAGUCCAAAACAUCCCCAUCACCGGGGCAACCGCACAGCACCCAGCCCCCCACCCGCCCACCGCUACCACCGCGGCUGCACCUGUGCUCAGCCAGGUCACUCCUGCCAAGAUCAGCAAGCCUCUUCAGCCACAGGUGUUGACUCCCAGCAGUCAGAGCAAUCCGUCCAUCCCAGCCUACAGCUCCCCCCGCAGCCCGCCCAUGCAACUGCACACUCCCCUGAGCGGGACCCCCACCGGCCCACCCCUCCAGAACAACCAGCCUGUGGAGUUCAAUCACGCCAUCAACUACGUCAACAAGAUCAAGAACCGCUUCCAGGGACAACCCGACAUCUACAAAGCCUUCCUGGAGAUCCUUCAUACUUACCAGAAGGAGCAGCGUAAUGCUAAAGAGGCCGGUGGGAACUACACCCCCGCGCUGACGGAGCAGGAAGUCUAUGCUCAGGUGGCUCGACUCUUCAAAAACCAGGAGGAUUUGCUCUCGGAGUUCGGACAGUUCCUGCCCGAUGCCAACAGCUCUGUGCUGUUAAAUAAGACCACUGCUGAAAAGGCCGAUUCAGUUCGUAAUGACCACGGGGGCACUGCCAAGAAACUGCAGCUCAACAACAACAAGCAGAGACCCAAUCAAAAUGGCUGCCAGAUCCGCCGGCACCCCUCUACAGGCGCCGCUCCUCCUGUCAAGAAGAAGCCGAAGUUACUGUCUUUAAAAGAGCCCCCAGUGGGAGACACAGGGAAACAUGGAGUCGGCACAGAGUCUCUGUUCUUUGAGAAGGUGCGGAAAGCCCUGCGAAGUGCAGAGGCCUACGACAACUUCCUGCGCUGUUUGGUCAUUUUUAAUCAAGAGGUGAUCUCCAGAGCCGAACUGGUGCAACUGGUGCUGCCAUUUUUAGGUAAAUUUCCAGAGCUGUUUAACUGGUUCAAGAACUUCCUUGGAUACAGAGAAAUGUCCCAUAUUGAGACAUACCCAAAGGAGCGGGCGACGGAGGGCAUCGCCAUGGAGAUCGACUAUGCUUCCUGCAAAAGACUUGGCUCCAGUUACAGGGCCCUUCCCAAAAGUUACCAACAGCCCAAGUGUACUGGCCGCACCCCCCUGUGUAAAGAGGUGCUGAAUGAUACGUGGGUGUCUUUUCCGUCUUGGUCUGAAGACUCGACAUUUGUCACCUCCAAGAAAACUCAGUACGAGGAGCAUAUCUACAGAUGUGAGGACGAGCGCUUUGAGCUGGACGUAGUGUUGGAGACUAACCUGGCCACGAUCCGUGUUCUGGAGACGGUGCAGAGGAAGCUAUCUCGGAUGUCUGCUGAGGAACAGGCCAAGUUCAGACUGGAUAACUCUCUGGGAGGGUCAUCAGAGGUCAUCCACAGAAAAGCCAUUCAGAGGAUAUACGGAGACAAGGCCGCAGACAUCAUCGACGGUCUCAAGAAGAACCCUGCAGCAUCUGUGCCCAUCGUCUUAAAGAGGUUAAAGAUGAAGGAGGAGGAGUGGCGGGAAGCACAAAGAGGUUUUAACAAGAUCUGGAGGGAGCAGAAUGAAAAGUAUUACCUCAAAUCUCUGGACCACCAAGGAAUCAACUUUAAACAGAACGACACCAAAGUGCUGCGCUCCAAGUCUCUGCUCAACGAGAUCGAGAGCAUCUACGACGAGCGGCAAGAACAGGCGUCAGAGGAGAAUGCAUCGCCCCCCUCUGGCCCUCACCUGACACUGUCCUACGAAGACCACCAAAUUUUGGAAGACGCCGCUUCGUUAAUCAUCCACCACGUCAAACGGCAAACCAGCAUCAACAAGGAGGACAAGUACAAAAUCAAACAGGUCAUCUACCACUUCAUCCCCGACAUGCUCUUCGCCCAGCGGGGGGAGCUCUCCGACGUCGAGGAGGAAGAGGAGGAGGAAGACAUGGAUCUGGAAGAAGGCUCCAAAAAACAAAACGGCGUCUCGGGAGGCGGUAGCCCGUCGAAAUCCAAGCUGCUAUUCAACAACACCGCUGCACAGAAGCUGAAAUCGUGCGACGACGGCUACAAUCUGUUCUACGUCAACAAUAACUGGUAAUUCUUGCGGUUACACCAGACGUUGUGUUCGAGGCUCCUGAAGUUGUACAGCCAGGCGGAGAGGCAGAUCGAGGAGGAGGUGAGAGAGAAGGAUUGGGAGAGAGAGGUCCUGGGACUGAAGAAGGAGAAGAACGACAAUCCAGCGAUCCAGCUCAGACUGAAGGAACCCAUGGACAUUGAGGUCGAGGAUUACUACUCAGCGUUCCUGGAGAUGGUGAGGAACCUUCUGGAUGGAAACAUGGAUGCGUCUCAGUACGAGGACUCUCUGAGGGAAAUGUUCACCAUCCAUGCCUACACGGCCUUCACCAUGGACAAACUCAUACAGAGCAUUGUCCGACAGCUGCAGCACAUAGUGAGUGAUGAGAUCUGCGUUCAGGUGACAGACUUGUAUUUAUCGGAGAGCUCAAAUUCAGCGACCGGAGGAGGCCUGUCCACGCAGACAACCAGGAGCGCUGCUGAGUCCCUGUACCAGAGGAAAGCAGAGCAGAUCAUGUCCGACGAAAACUGCUUCAAGGUGAUGUUCUUGAGGAGCAGAGGUCAGGUGCAGCUCACAGUGGAACUUUUGGACACGGAGGAGGAGACGUCUGAUGAGCCCAUGGAAGCAGAGCGUUGGUCUGAUUACGUUGGUCGGUAUUUAAACCCAGACUCCACGACUCCAGAGCUGAGAGAACAUCUCGCACAGAAACCAGUGUUUUUGCCCAGAAACCUGCGGCGGAUCAGGAAGUACCAGAAAGGGCGCGAACAGCUGGACAAAGAGGCGAGCGAAGGAGGGAAGAAGUCUCUGGAGAAGGAGAAGAUGGAGUGCAUGUUCAAACUCAACUCGUACAAAAUGGUUUAUGUGUUUAAGUCUGAGGACUACAUGUACCGGCGCACAGCACUGCUCCGAGCGCACCAGUCCCACGAGAGGGUGAGCACGCGACUGCACACGCGCUUCCAGUCUUGGGUGGACUCUUGGGCGAAGGAGCACGUAUCCAGGGACAUGAACGCCGAGACGAACAAGUGGCUGAUGGGAGAAGGACGCGACGGUCUCCUCCCCUGCACGACCAACAGACAACCCGAAGUCCUACACUUUAGAAACAUCAACAAGUACAGAGUCAAAUACCACAACUCCCCCAGCAAGACCCCAUAGCGCCCCCUGGAGAUGAACGGACUCUGAAUCUGUAUACUGGUGUAUUACUGGUGUUUUUAUACGCAGAGACAUGGUAGGUAUAAGCUGUAACUACUGUGUUUUGUUGCACUUAAGGGCGGCAGGAUGAUAGGAUUUUUACCAGCGUUUUUAGCUGGGCCCAUCUUAUUCGCAGGGCCUUCACGGUGCCAAAACUUAGGAAUGGCCCCAAAACUUAAACCUAAACUUGAGCCGAACCAGCCAAGCACUUGGGGCGACGUCUCUACAAGCGAAACUGUAUGCGUUAAAGAACACAUAUUACAUAUUUUGAGGCUUUAAUGCUUUUGGUCACAUUGGGAUAAGUAUUUCUAACAUUUUCUUAACUUAAAGUAAUGUCUACAUUCUUAAAACACACUUUAUAAACCACAGCUCAGUUCCAGUGAGGUAUUUAGACAUUGGAGCGCCCUCUGCUGUCAGCAACGGGAAUGAGAAUGGAAUUAAAAAGGAAACUAUUGAAAUUCUUAUACCCUAGGAAUUCCUUUCUAAUUGACCCAUGCGUUAAUUGUGAGCACAAUUGUGACGGUUUAUGAGCUUAAAAACUCCAUAGAAGUCUAGAGUUUUAUCUAUGACGCAACAAAACUGGCAAAAUGCAAACUCGUGCUCAGAGAAGACGAAUUAACGAAACAAGCAUGAACGAAGCAAAACAAACUACUCGAGGAAUGUUUUUGAUGAGGGGAUCACUGUAUAACACGGUCAGUUUUGCAUAACAUGUGUUCUUUAAUCGUGAGAAGAGAGAAAGAAUGGUGCUUUUUGUAUUUUAAAGCCAUCCAAGUCGAAAUCCAGCGGGUUUCUAGUUGUAUGUGUCGUGUUACGUAUACGCAAAAAGAAAGACAAGUGCACUUAUUUAGAAAGAGCGAGAUGUUUUAUUGCGGAAUUACGAGGCAGCUCAACUUUUGGCUGGAGCUCAAAAGGUUUAGAACGGUUUCCAUAGCGACAUUCCUGCGUUAAGGCCAAAUCAAUAUGGGAAAACCCGGGUUACAGUAUUCUCCAAAAACGAUCAAAAACCCAAAAGCGCAAGCCUUUCACAGCACUGUCUCGAUGUAAAAUUGUACAAUGAAUGUCAAUUGCUUUUUGACACGUAUCCAGUUUAAAGUGUUGUGUAAAUAAUAUAUAUAUAGUGCUAUUAUUAUUCUUAUUAUUAUGAUCCUGUCCGCCCUGGAGCGCAACUUUUUUUAAAUAAAGUUGAACAAGAAGGAAGAAGAUAUAAAAAGAAAAACCUCCACAAACCACACACCAGCUUUUACAUCGAAAAACAUUUUACAAAUUUCUCACAAUCGCAGUGCAUUGCGUGCCCUACACUUGUGUAAAUAGACUGUACAUAUGGUCCAGACUUUUUAAAAAUGACAUUGUUGUGCUAGUAUUCCGAGCUUAACUGUGGACAGAUAAAGUUAGUGUAUAUUUAAAACCUCAUUUAUAACAGUUUUUACCAAAGGGAGUUCUCAAAAAUAGCCGUUCCCCCUUUGCGCGUUCCUGUCUUCUUUUUAAUUUCUGUAGUAAAACUCGUGGCGUGUUCAGAAAUACAUCCAGGUUUUAUUUUUUAUAAUUGUCACAACACAUAUUCUUAGCGUCUGAAUGUGAAAUUGGUUGAAAAUAUAUAUACCGAAUGAAUGCACUGCCCCCUUCUGACAAAAGCACUGUAUAGCUCUGGUUUAAAAGAGUGGGUGCGUUUUUCAAAAUAAAAGUCUACAAUGGUCUCACCUUGUAGCUGAGGCUUCCUUCAAAAUAAAAGCCUGGAUGUAUUUCUACCGCAGCCACCAACACCAUAUUUUUGAUAAUGGACACACAAGCAUGUCUUUAGUCCCUUUAUUUAGACAUUAUUUAAAGUAAUAAUAAAAUGACAUUUGUAGCCUA